UUUUAGGGUUUUCAUUUCAUUUUCUUCAACCCUUUCUCUCUCUAUCUCUCUCCCCAUAAAAUUCCAAAUUUUAAUCUCCGAUUAUUCCAGUGUGUAUAGCUCGUCGAUUUUCUUUGAUUUGAUCAUAUGAUGAUUCAUUUUUUUCUCUUAAAUCAGUGUGGAUUUCAUUUCUCGCCAGGGAGUUAAGAAUCUAGGGUUUCGAAUUGGGGGUUUUGGUGCUGGUGAGCUGGUUCCACUGAAAGAUUGCGUCUUGCGAUUGCGAAUUCCGAUUGGGCCUUUUAUUGUUCGGAUGAAAGGGAUAAUCGGAUCGGGGAUUGUGUGAUCGCCGCUCUUGGCGAGCGAUAAGCCGAAUUGAGGGGGUUGGGGUUCUUGUAUGGAAACUCGGAGCCGGAAGCGGGCGGAGGCCUCCUCAGCAGCCCCUUCUUCGUCGUCGUCCGGUCCCACCACCCGUGCCAGCAAGCGCGCCCGUGUUUCCGCCUCUUCGACAUCGAACACAGCCGCCGCCGCAUCGUCCGUGCCAAUCGCAACCCGCUCUCGCGCCUCCAGGACCCACCUCGCCCCCGAACCCGCUCCAAUGGACUCCACCAAUGAAUCGUCUGGCUCGCGUGGACGCGAUCGCCGCAACAAGAAUUCGGAUAAGGAUGGCUCGGAUAAAGGGAAGGAGAAGGAGCAUGAGGUUAGGGUUAGGGACAGGGAUAGAGAUAGGGAAACGGAGCGGAGCUUGGGGUUGAAUAUGGAGAGUGGCGGUAAUGGCGACGACGAUGAUAACGAUAGCGAAGGCGGUGCGAAUAUGCUGCAUCAGAACCUGACUUUCUCGGCGAGUAGUGCACUCCAAGGGCUUCUUCGGAAGAUCGGGGCCGGUCUUGAUGAUCUACUCCCGUCUUCAGCUAUGGGGUCGGCGUCGUCGUCGCACCAGAGCGGGCGGCUUAAGAAGAUUCUGUCUGGGUUGAGAGCUGAUGGGGAAGAAGGGAAGCAGGUCGAGGCUUUGACGCAGCUUUGUGAGAUGCUAUCUAUUGGGACUGAGGAAUCGCUUAGUACGUUUUCUGUGGAUUCCUUUGUUCCGGUGCUCGUUGGGUUGCUCAAUCACGAGAGCAAUCCCGAUAUAAUGCUUCUUGCUGCCAGGGCUCUCACACAUCUUUGUGAUGUACUCCCAUCGUCUUGCGCUGCUGUUGUCCACUACGGUGCAGUUUCUUGCUUUUGUGCAAGAUUGCUAACGAUAGAGUAUAUGGACUUGGCCGAACAGUCUCUGCAAGCCCUGAAGAAAAUCUCUCAGGAACACCCAACUGCCUGUCUGCGUGCCGGUGCUCUAAUGGCAGUGCUUUCAUAUCUGGAUUUCUUCUCCACAGGAGUUCAGCGCGUGGCAUUAUCUACUGCUGCAAAUAUGUGCAAGAAACUUCCCUCAGAUGCAGCUGACUUUGUGAUGGAAGCUGUCCCGCUAUUGACAAACCUACUUCAGUAUCAUGAUGCAAAGGUGUUGGAGCACGCUUCUGUUUGUUUGACCCGGAUUGCCGAAGCAUUUGCAUCCUCUCCCGAUAAACUUGAUGAGCUAUGUAAUCAUGGACUUGUGACACAAGCUGCAUCUCUUGUAUCAACCAGCAGUUCCGGUGGCGGGCAAUCAUCUCUCAGCACACCUACUUAUACAGGUUUAAUCCGACUUCUUUCCACUUGUGCGAGCGGGUCACCGUUGGGAGCUAAAACUCUACUUCUCCUGGGAAUCAGUGGUAUUCUUAAAGACAUACUAGCUGGUUCUGGCAUUGCUGCUAACUCAUCAGUAUCACCUGCUCUGAGUAGGCCAGCAGAACAGAUUUUCGAGAUAGUUAACUUGGCAAAUGAGCUUCUUCCGCCGCUGCCACAAGGAACAAUUUCUCUUCCGGCCAGCUUUAACCUAUUUAUGAAGGGACCCAUUGUGAAGAAACCUUCUGCUAGCAGUUCUGGAAAACAAGAAGAUUCAAAUGGUAAUGUUUCUGAGGUUUCAGCUCGCGAGAAAUUAUUGAAUGAGCAGCCUCAGCUUCUUCAGCAAUUUGGAGUUGAUCUCCUUCCUGUUCUAGUACAGAUCUAUGGUUCUAGUGUAAAUGGUCCUGUUCGUCACAAAUGUCUCUCUGUUAUCGGGAAGUUGAUGUACUUCAGUACUGCUGAGAUGAUCCAGUCUCUAUUAAGCGUCACAAACAUUUCAAGCUUUUUAGCUGGUGUUUUGGCAUGGAAAGAUCCACAUGUAUUGGUUCCUGCCCUGCAAAUUGCUGAGAUUCUUAUGGAAAAACUUCCUGGGACUUUCUCGAAGAUGUUUGUCAGGGAAGGUGUGGUUCACGCUGUGGAUCAACUUAUAUUAGCGGGUAAUCCAAAUACAGUUCCUGCCCAGGCAUCUCCUGUGGACAAGGAUAAUGAUUUUGUGACUGGAUCGUCCCGUUCUAGGAGAUAUAGGCGACGGAGUGGUAGCUCUAAUCCCGAUGGAAAUUCAGCAGAAGAAUCCAAGAAUUCUUCUUCAGUAGUUGGCUCACCUCCGGGUUCAGUGGAGAUUCCAACUGUUAAUUCUAAUCUUCGUAUGGCAGUUAGUGCAUGUGCUAAAGCUUUUAAAGACAAAUAUUUCUUGUCAGAUCCUGAGGCUAUGGAGGCUGGAGUGACUGAUGAUCUCUUGCUUCUAAAGACUCUUUGCUCGAAAUUGAAUGCUGCUGUUGAUGACCAAAAGACUAAAGCUAAGGGAAAAUCGAAAGCGUCUGGGUCUCGCUUAGCUGAUUGUUCUGCAAAUAAGGAAGAGUGCUUGAAUGGGGUGAUAUCUGAGAUGUUGGAUGAACUAAGCAAAGGGGAUGGUGUUUCCACUUUUGAGUUUAUUGGUAGUGGUGUUGUUGCAGCCUUGCUCAACUAUUUUUCUUGUGGGUACUUCUCCAAGGAGAGGAUUUCAGAAGCUAACCUUCCCAAGCUACGCCAACAAGCAUUGAGAAGAUACAAGGCAUUUGUUUCUGUUGCUCUUCCUUUCGGUGUUAAUGAAGGGAGUUUGGCUCCUAUGACUGUUUUAGUCCAGAAGCUUCAAAAUGCUUUGGCGUCGUUAGAACGCUUUCCUGUUGUGCUGAGCCAUUCAUCAAGGUCAUCCAGUGGAAGUGCAAGACUGUCCUCUGGACUUAGUGCAUUAUCCCAGCCAUUUAAAUUGCGUCUUUGCCGAGCCCAAGGAGAAAAAUCUCUCCGUGAUUAUUCAUCAAAUGUCGUGUUGAUUGAUCCGUUGGCAAGCUUAGCUGCUGUGGAGGAGUUUCUAUGGCCUCGGGUUCAGCGAAGUGAAUCUGGUCAGAAGCCUUCAGCAUCUGGUGGGAACUCAGAAUCUGGUACUACGCCUUUAGGAGCUGGUGCUUCAUCUCCAUCUACUUCAACUCCUGCCUCUACCACUCGUCGGCAUUCUACUCGCUCCAGAACAUCUGUCAAUAUAGGAGACGCGGUUAGAAAGGAACCACCACAGGAGAAGAGUACAAGCUCAUCAAAGGGGAAGGGUAAAGCUGUUUUGAAGCCUUCUCAAGAGGAGGCAAGAGGACCUCAAACAAGAAAUGCUUCACGUAGAAGAGCAGGUGCAGAUAAAGAAGCUGAAAUGAAACAUGCAGAUGGGGACACCACUUCUGAGGAUGAGGAAUUGGAUAUAUCCCCUGUUGAAAUUGACGACGCUUUGGUAAUUGAAGAUGAUGAUAUAUCAGAUGAUGAAGAUGAUGACCAUGAUGAUGUUCUUAGAGAUGAUUCUCUUCCUGUUUGCAUGCCGAUUCCGGAUAAAGUACAUGAUGUUAAAUUGGGAGAUUCCACUGAGGAUAGCAGUACAGCCCAAGCAACAAGUGACAGCCAGUCUAAUCCUGCUUCUGGUUCUAGUAGCAGAGCUGCUGCAGUUAGGGGCUCGGAUUCCACUGAUCAUAGGAGUGGUAGUUCUUAUAGUUCAAGGGGUGCAAUGUCAUUUGCUGCUGCUGCUAUGGCUGGGCUUGGAUCUGCCAAUGGUAGAGGAAUCCGGGGAGGCCGAGAUCGUCAUGGACGUCCUCUUUUUGGGAGUUCAAGUGAUCCGCCAAAGUUGAUAUUUACUUCUGGUGGAAAGCAGCUUAAUAGACAUCUGACUAUCUAUCAGGCCAUACAACGACAGCUUGUGCUGGAUGAGGACGACGGUGAGCGAUAUAAUGGCAGUGAUUUCAUAUCUAGUGAUGGAAGCAGGCUGUGGAGUGAUAUUUACACCAUCACAUACCAGAGGGCAGACACUCAAGCUGACAGGGGCUCUGUGGGAGGCUCAAGUUCUACUACUACAUCCAAAUCAUCUAAAUCGGCUGCUGCUUCUACUUCUAAUUCUGAUCGGAUGUCUCUUCUGGAUAGCAUUUUGCAGGGUGAACUCCCUUGUGAUUUAGAAAAGUCGAAUGCUACUUAUAAUAUAUUAGCAUUGCUGCGUGUACUGGAAGGCUUAAACCAGCUUGCACCUCGUUUGAGAGCCGAGAUAGUUUCUGAAUACUUUGCUGAGGGGCGAAUUUCAAGUCUAGACGACUUGAUUUCAACGGGUGCUCGGGUUUCUUUUGAGGAAUUUGUCAACAACAAGCUCACUCCCAAAUUAGCGCGGCAAAUCCAAGAUGCCCUUGCUUUGUGCAGUGGGAGUCUUCCUUCAUGGUGUUACCAGUUGACAAAGGCCUGUCCCUUCUUGUUUCCUUUUGAAACUCGCAGACAGUAUUUCUACUCAACGGCAUUUGGAUUAUCGCGUGCAUUGUAUCGUCUUCAGCAGCAGCAAGGUGCUGAUGGUCACGGAUCAGCAAAUGAAAGAGAGGUGAGGGUUGGAAGAUUGCAGCGUCAAAAGGUUCGUGUGUCUCGAAACCGCAUUUUGGAUUCAGCAGCAAAAGUAAUGGAGAUGUAUUCCAGCCAAAAGGCUGUGCUUGAAGUUGAAUAUUUUGGUGAAGUAGGCACUGGGUUGGGUCCUACACUUGAGUUCUAUACACUUCUAAGUCAUGAUUUACAAAAAGUUGGACUCUGUAUGUGGAGGUCGAAUGCUUCGCUGGAGAAACUGUCGAUGGAAAUUGAUGCAGAUGAUCAGAAACAUGGAAAAAGCAAUAAUGGUUCUGAGCUUGGUUUUGCUGCUGGCAGUGAUGAUCUUGUCCAAGCUCCUCUUGGUUUGUUCCCUCGUCCUUGGCCUCCAAAUGCCGUUGCUUCUGAUGGCACCCAAUUCUCUAAGGUCACCGAGUAUUUCCGGCUGGUUGGGCGUGUAAUGGCCAAGGCUCUUCAAGAUGGGCGGCUGUUAGACCUUCCACUGUCGACAGCAUUUUACAAACUUGUGCUUGGUCAAGACCUUGAUUUGCAUGAUAUCAUUUCAUUUGAUGCUGAAUUGGGGAAGACUUUGCAAGAACUACAUGUCCUUGUCUGCCGCAAACAACAGCUAGAAUCUAAUGGAGACAAUGGUGCCGUUGCUGACUUAUGCUUCCGCGGCGCUCCAUUUGAAGAUCUUUGCUUGGAUUUCACACUCCCUGGUUAUCCAGAUUAUGUGCUGAAAUCAGGAGAUGAAAAUGUUGAUAUUAACAACUUGGAAGAGUACAUAUCCUUAGUUGUUGAUGCAACAGUAAAGACGGGUAUAAUGCGGCAAAUGGAAGUAUUUAGGGCAGGUUUCAAUCAGGUCUUUGAUAUCUCUUCUUUACAAAUAUUCACACCAUAUGAGUUGGACCAUCUGCUUUGUGGCCGUAGAGAGAUGUGGGAGGCAGAAACACUUGCUGAUCACAUAAAAUUUGAUCAUGGUUACACCGCCAAGAGUCCUGCAAUUGUGAAUUUGCUUGAGAUUAUGGGAGAGUUCACACCAGAACAGCAGCGGGCCUUCUGCCAGUUUGUAACUGGUGCACCAAGGCUUCCACCUGGUGGUCUGGCGGUGCUGAAUCCAAAACUGACCAUUGUGAGAAAGCAUUCAUCUUCCUCAGUGAACACUGCAGCUAAUGGUACUGGGCCUUCGGAAACAGCAGAUGAUGACUUGCCUAGUGUCAUGACAUGUGCUAAUUAUCUGAAGCUUCCUCCUUACUCUACCAAGGAAAUCAUGUACAAGAAACUACUCUAUGCAAUCAGCGAAGGGCAGGGAUCCUUUGAUUUGUCAUGAGAUUUUGGACUAACUAAUUUACCUGUGUAUAUUUUACAUCACACAAAUCCGUGUCAUUUCCUUGCCUUUUGGAUAUCUUGAUGUUGAAAAUAGCAUCCUACUUGCUAAAAAAAAUAAAGGCUUCUUUUGGUACCCUCCUAAGCUUUAGUGGCUUUGCCAAGGAUGGUUGACUACAUUUUUAAGAGGCUGUAAAGGAAUCCGCAAGCACUUUUUCCGGCUGCAGGGGCUGCUUGUAAAUAAAUAGGAAUUCUCGAAUUUUAUUUUUAUUUUUUUGGGUUCUUUUCUUGUCAACUCAUUAGCUGGUAGAAUAUAAAUGUAUUUGCAUAAAAUGACGAAAGGGAAAAGGCAUUCAAUUGAAAUAUUUUGUUAUGCCGUUUAGACUAGUUUAUUCAGAAUUUAAACAGUUCUUUGGUCCAAGCUUAUUGCAUUGUUUUAUU